AUGGCAGUACUAGCAGUGGUAUUAACAUUAUUAUCAUAUGAAAAAAACCAAGAAUUUCUAACUGAUACUUUUAGUGCUAUUUCAGCAAAGUGAAAUUUUGUUAGAGUUCAAAUUCUAGAAGAAAAAGGCCGUGCUUCAAAAUUAAAUAAAAAAUUACAUUAUAAAAAAUGUCAUUUUCAUCGAAUUGUUAAAGAUGUUAUGAUUCAAUCGGAAGAUUUUACUAAAGAUGAUGUUCUUUUUAGUUUAUAG